GUCCAGCAGUGCGUUCUGGUCGGCUAUGGUGUUUCACGACCAGCUGGGGUCCCUGUUUCGCUCACAGACAUGAAUCGCAACUCAUGCCCCUGUCCCGUUUGGUUGACUGGGGAAGGCUGUAUUGUGAGGAGAGGGCAGAGCCGAGACAGCGCUUGCUGGAGUCACCCGCUUCUUCCCUAAUCAAACCCAGCUGUCUGCAGACCACAGGCAUGCAGCGGACCCUCCUUCCUGCGCUCCUCCGUGAUUUUCAGAAAGGGUGGACGCGUUUCUUCUCAUCACAAACAGCAGACACUGGGAUUUCUCUUUUUCUUGCACGGUAUAGAGAAACGGAUUGCUAAACCUGCAGAAGCGUGUAGAACAGAUCUGGAUCUGUGUGUGUCGAGAGACGCACUGUGGUUUCUUGGAUAGCUUUCUCACCCCACCGUUGGCUGUGAUGAGCAUCCUUCCUCCGGUCAGAAGGGACAGGGUCAUUCCCCAGCUACCGCAGUGUUUCACGAAGGAAGCCGCCCUUCACACCAAAGGCUCGUUCCAUUCCAAAGUGAAGGGAGCCUGUCAGGAGCAGAGGACUGGGACAGUGGGCAGGUUUAAGAUUUCAAAGGUCAUCGUCGUUGGAGACCUGGCUGUAGGGAAAACAUGUCUGAUUAACAGGUUCUGUAAGGACGCCUUCGACAAGAACUACAAGGCCACCAUCGGGGUGGACUUUGAGAUGGAGAGGUUCGAGGUGAUGGGGGUCCCCUUCAGUUUACAGCUAUGGGACACUGCGGGACAGGAGCGCUUCAAGUGCAUUGCAUCUACCUACUACAGAGGAGCACAAACAAUUAUAAUAGUGUUUGAUGUGAAUGACGUGGCCUCCUUGGAUCAUGCAAAACAGUGGCUUGAAGAUGCACUUAAAGAAAAUGACCCGAGUUCUGUGCUGCUGUUUCUAGUUGGUACUAAGAAAGAUUUAAGUUCUCCUGCCCAGUACUCGAAGAUUGAGGAAGAUGCUAUCCAGCUGGCAAAGGAAAUCAAAGCUGAGUAUUGGGUAGUGUCUUCACUGACAGGAGAGAACGUCAACUCCUUCUUCUUCAGGGUGGCGUCUCUAGCGUUCGAGGCCAGCGUGCUGUCCGAGCUGGAGAAGACCAACUCCAGAAAGAUUGGAGAAGUCAUCAGGAUUAAUAGCAAUUCUGACAACCUGUAUGCGACUUCCAAGAAGAAAAAGCCCAGCUGUUGCCAGUGAAGAGAUACAGGGGGGUUUUAUUGCACUAUGCUGACUUGGUACCAAAGAAUCGAUCACCACUCCAGAAUCAACCCGACCGGAACACUCCGAACAGUGAUGCAAUGUGGAUGGAAUUGGAAGCAAGGGUUAGAGUUUGGAUUGUUUCAGCUGGUCCUGAAAGUUGAUCAAAGACAUGUGAUCGGAAUGGUCUGUUUUUUUUUUUUUUUUUUUUUUUGCAUUGAUAAAAUGUGUGUUUUCAGCCUACACAUUUAAAAUGCAGCUUUCCGUGGCUGCUGUGUAGACUCGUGUCUGGUUUAGAGGUUAAUGCAAUGUGGCUGCUCUCUCAUGUAUUGUAAUCUCACUGGUACUGCCCUCAGUUGUUUGUGUGUGAGUGCUUCAGCCCCAGGCCAGCUGCUCACAGUGCAAGGCUGUGACUCUGCAUGUUUUAAAAUAAACACUGAAAAGAAAAAUUAAGUUUUUAGUUUCUCUAAUUUGCAAAAGCUGAAUUUGUCUUGAGAGAAUCCCUUAAGUGGCAACUCAAAUACAUAAAUAAAUACAAAUGAGCCUUCUUAAAAACGGGGGGGGAGUUCAAAUAUUAUAAUGUAAAAUUAGCUGGAAAUGCAAGUCGUGAUUAGACAGGACGGCGGUACGUUAAGACUGCCGUUCCCUGCCUGCCUGCGCAAACCAUAUAGAAAACAGAAAUUAUCUUUAAAAUAAUUACAAUGUUUGACCACCAGAUGGCACUGUGGCCGCAUUUUAAAUCUAUUGCAUGCAAUGUAAACAGUCUU